ACUUCCUGGUGGGACUUACAUAGAAAGGGUUGUUCACAGUUUGCUGGCAGAGAGCAGUGUGUGUAGGGGAAGUGAGUAUUCCUCCUAAGGCAGAUUGCAGGAGGGGGGUGAGGAGUGCAGCGAGAUGAACACUACUCCCAGGCAAUGUGUAGGAGACUUUAGCUGCCCUAACCUCUCCAUGUGAGCUGCAGUCGGCAGAGACUGGGCAAUGAAAGGACACCUUAUCAUAGUGUUUGCAAGCCCUGCCACAAACUAGAGGAAAGUGUGCACAGCGUGCCCUCAUCUCCUGCAAGAGGCAAGCACCUGGAACCUGAGCAGGAACCUCUCUCACUCACGACGGACAGCAUUUUGUGGGAAAGCUGAUGAGACUCUGACUCAGAGGAGGCUGUAAGUGAAGGGAGUUGACAUCCCAAGGCAAGGGGGCUGAUGCUUCAGUAUACAGAUUGCCCAGGUGGAUGUCGUUCAAAGAAAACUCUGUUGCUCAACAGGGUGUGAAUAUGGAAUUAUAAGAGUUGGAGCGUAAACCAGGUACCUUUUUGCCUGUCCGACUGCAAACUUAACAGAAGAACUUAGAUAUAUGGGAAACAGAGAGGGGAAAUUCUAAAGUUUUCAAAGGAACCUCAGAUACUAAAGUCAAAUACUUCUGCUUUUGAUCAUCAAAAAUGAUCAUAAAAUGGAAAGAACAUAGUGAUUAAUGCGCCACCGCAUUGGCAGUCGCUGAGGUUUAGCAGGGGUCUGUUUCCCACACACUGUGCCACUUGUUUGGAACAGGCCAUUGGAAUCCUUGCUGAAUGGAAGGAACUUUACGACCACAGCUGUCCCUGACAGAGCCCCCUCUCCCCCAGGUCCAGUUCCAUAGCCAUUUGGGAGUCACAAUGGUUCGAACAGAGGUCGAGGGUGAUGCAUUUUUCCCAAAUUCCUCGGAUUCACCUGGCUUGGAUCUGUUCCGCCCAAGGCUGUAUGGAAUCGGGCCUCUGUCUCCACGAUGCUCCCCACGGAAUUCACCUCGGCUCUUCCGCAAAUUGCUCCUGAAUAAGAACAUUCGAGAACACCGUCGUCACUCAGGUGUCCAGUUUUGUUUCGAUGUUGAGAAUGGCCCAUCUCCGGCUCGGAGCCCAAUGGACGCACAAGCAAGUCCAGGACUGGUUCUUCACCCUACCUUCCCCCAGAGCCAGCGUCGGGAGUCGUUCCUGUACCGGUCAGACAGUGAUUACGACAUAUCACCCAAAACGAUGUCACGAAAUUCCUCCGUAACCAGUGAUGUUCAUACCGAGGACCUUAUCGUCACACCUUUUGCUCAGAUCUUGGCAAGUUUGCGCAGUGUGAGGAACAACUUCACCGUCCUGGCCAACACUCAAGGGCCUCCGAACAAGAGGUCUCCAAUGGCACCUCAGCCUGCACUCUGCACCCUAUCAGAUGAAACGUACCAGCAGCUGGCGAAGGAGACGCUGGAGGAGCUGGACUGGUGCCUGGACCAGCUGGAAACCAUCCAGACCUACCGGUCUGUCAGUGAAAUGGCCUCCAACAAGUUUAAGAGGAUGCUGAACCGGGAGCUGACGCACCUCUCGGAGAUGAGUCGGUCUGGGAACCAGGUCUCGGAGUACAUUGCCAGCACCUUUCUUGACAAGCAGAAUGAAGUGGAGAUCCCACCACCCACCCCGAAGGAGCGGGAGAAGAAAUCGAAACAGCCCAUGUGUCAGAUCAGCGGAGUGAAGAAACUGACCCACAGCUCGAACCUCAGCGUCACCAACUCCUCGAUCCCUAGAUUCGGAGUGAAGACCCAGCAGGAAGAUGCACUGACCAAGGAACUCGAUGACCUGAAUAAAUGGGGCCUUAACAUUUUCCGGGUGUCUGAGUUCUCCAACAACAGGCCCCUCAGCUGCAUCAUGUAUGCCAUCUUCCAGGAGAGAGAUUUGUUGAAGACCUUCCGGAUCCCAGUCGACACGUUCCUCACCUACAUCAUGACCCUGGAGGACCACUACCACGCCGAUGUGGCGUACCACAACAGCCUGCAUGCUGCUGACGUUACCCAGUCCACACACGUGCUGCUCUCCACCCCAGCCCUUGACGCUGUUUUCACCGACCUAGAAACCCUUGCUGCACUCUUCGCUGCUGCCAUUCACGAUGUGGAUCACCCGGGAGUUUCCAAUCAGUUCCUCAUCAACACCAACUCCGAGCUGGCCCUGAUGUACAACGACGAGUCUGUCCUGGAGAAUCACCACCUGGCUGUAGGCUUCAAACUCCUGCAGGAGGAAAACUGCGACAUCUUCCAGAACCUUCCCAAGCGACAGCGGCAGAGUCUGCGCAAAAUGGUCAUUGACAUGGUCCUGGCGACAGACAUGUCCAAACACAUGACCUUACUCGCAGACCUGAAGACCAUGGUGGAGACAAAGAAGGUCACCAGCUCAGGGGUGCUGCUCCUCGAUAACUACACUGACAGGAUCCAGGUGAUGAGGAACAUGGUGCACUGCGCUGACCUGAGUAAUCCCACCAAACCUCUGGAGCUAUACCGGCAGUGGACCGACCGAAUCCUGGAGGAGUUUUUCCGUCAGGGUGACAGAGAGCGGGAGCGAGGGAUGGAGAUCAGCCCAAUGUGUGAUAAACACACUGCGUCGGUGGAGAAGUCCCAGGUGGGCUUCAUCGAUUACAUUGUGCACCCGCUGUGGGAGACGUGGGCUGACCUGGUGCACCCCGAUGCCCAGGACAUCCUGGACACACUGGAAGACAACAGGUACUGGUACCAGAGCAUGAUCCCCCAGAGCCCCUCUCCACCACUGGAUGAUCCAAGCCAGGGGGAGGAGGUUUGCACGGACAAGUUCCAGUUCGAGCUGACUCUGGAGGAGGAGGAGGAUUCCGACCCAUCAGACAAGGAGAGGAACAGUGCGGGGGAAGAGAACACCAGCUGGCAUGGCUCGGAGGAAUCCAUGGCUGGCACCACAGUGGCACAGGAGGAGAGAGGGUUAGAUCCCAAAUGCAAGGACUCUUCUCCUGCAGAAUCAUAGAAUAGGAAGCCAGAUUGUGUGGGACAGACCAUGCGGAUGAAGUUUGUCUUUUUCUGGAGACGUGCAAGUCAACUGUAGAUCGGAAUCCUGGCCUGCGGGGCUGGUUCUGCUGUCAGCACGCCCCCAACACUCAGGAAACUCAGAGCGGGACGGGGCCAGAGAUCAAAGCCAUUCUUUGCCCGCUUUGGACCUCAGCACGGGUAAUGGGGCGAGGGAAGGGGGCUUCGAAACAACAUUCACGUUCCGCACUCUCGCCCCUCAACCCCCUCCUUCCCCCCCCCCCGACCACCUCCCCACAGACCAACAUACGGAAGGGGAAGGUGCAGGGGACAGGAUUUCAGCAGGAGUCGCUCCUCUCCAACACCAGGUUUCUGAAGAGGGUGCCCGAUCUGGGGAGUGCCUUUCCUAGAUUUACCUACAAGCUUUGUCUUCGUAGUUAAGUCAAGCAAUGAGUUAUUUUAUUUUUAAUGUUAUAUUUUAUGUACUCUUACUUCUAAUUUAUUCUGCAGAGUUGGAUCAAUGGGUCGUAACUGGGGGCUUUGGGUGGACCCGGUUUAACACUAAACUCUGCUCCUCAGUUUGUGAAGUCUUCCUCCAAUCUUCUUUUGCACAAUACCGCAAUAUCUUUGGGACUUUUAUUAAUAAUUUAUGUUUGAGGUUCUGAUAUGUGUUUGACUGGCAUAGGAAGGGAAGUACCUCCUACCCCCCCUUUCUGUGUCCCAGGAACUUGCUGCACUUUCACGUCUAGGACAGGCUGAAGUAAGGCCUGAUCCAGGCUCUAGUUGUUCCACAUCAGGGCAAUCGCUGGGCCCCUUCACCCUUCCUGUGGGGUGAGAGCUGUCACUGCGGUCAGCUCCACAGUGACUCACCCUCACUGCUACACACUGUCUAACCAAUGGGAAUCUCAGCCAAAUGCACAAGUGACUUUACCCCAUGUGUGUACACAUAUCUGAACACAAACACGUGGGUGUACACAUACAUGCAUGCAUGUACAUGUGCACACAUAUGCACAUACUGGACACAAACGUACACACAGUGAUGCAUGCAUGCACAUACACAUACAAUGAUACACACACACACACACAAAUGCAUGCAUAAACACAAGACACACAUAUAUGUGUGCACCACAGACUGAUACACCUAUGUAUCUCUACAGGCCUGAAGUCUAAUAUACAAACAGACAUGGACACAUGGUUAGUCACGUGUGUGUCCCAGUGGAAUUCCCAGUGUUUGUUCCUGUUGCUGGGAAUCAGGGUGAGCUCUGUCUUUCCCUUCAGCUCCUACUCCACCCAGCCGCCAAACUCCUGACAUGAAAUUGCUGCUUUCCUGGUUUGCUGUAUAAAAGGUCAGGAUCAAUCAGAUUUUUUUUUGCCUUAAUCUUGGUUUGCGUCCCCUGCAGCCAGUCUCGGCUGCGGGGGAGGUGAGACUGCGGCUGGUGCCGCCGUGAUUACUUACUGUGCUGCUGGAGCCUGUCUGGCUUGUCAGGAGUUCUGGCUCUCAGUGUAGCAUGGGAGGCGGACUCCUCUGGUGCUGAGCAAAGGACGUUCUGUCUGGUUCCUGUCAACCCAGUUGAGGGGAUCGCCCUUUGCCCUCUGGAAACGAUGUGUGGAGAGGAGAUGGAUGGAAGGGUGAGCAGUUCCAGUGUGGUCCUGUUCUCAGACAGUUCCCCGUCCCUGCCACUGCUGCGGAGACCAUCAUUCCUGUGGUUGUGAUCCCUGCAACCAUCAUUACUCUGAGGGCCAUCAUCCCAGGCUAGUGUGGGAGCGGGAGUCAGGUUUGGGUGAGGUCAGCCUGCCUACAAAGAGUAUUAACCUCAGCCGGAACUGCAGGGUCCUGAGAACUGGCUCCAUGUUCAGACCUGGCCACAGGGCCUUGCCAAGCUCCUGCCCAAAGUCAGCAAACCUUUCAGUGACAACUCUAAUGGAUCAGCAGAAACUUCCAAGAAGUUGGGAUCAAGGAGUCAGUCAGUGGGAGAUUAAUUCAUUGGAGAAAGAAAUGGAGUUAACAUUUCAGGUCAAUGACCUUCCACAGAACCUGUUUGAAGAGUCUUCGACCUGCAACGUUAGUGUGUUUUUCUCUUUGACAGACGCUGCCUGUCCCGCUGAGCAUUCCCAGCAGGUUCUGUUUUUUAUUUCAGCUUUCCAGCAUCUGCAGGUUUUUGAUUUUCAAGGGGUGUUCGCUCCCUUGUGAGGGGCUGGGAAGGAGUCAUGCUCCCUGGGGAGGGAUCAUUCCCUGAGGAUGGGGAAGGGAUGGAGCCACAUCCACUGGGGAGGGUGGGAAGGUGUCAGGGAUGGAGUUACAUUCCAGGGGACAUGCAGCAGUCCCUUUGGAUUGGAGUCCACCUGCUGACCAGGGAAGGUUGGGUUGGUUUCCCACCUGAUCUCCACCAAGUUCCAUUUGUUUCUGGCGCUGGCUCCUUUGGAGAACCUUGCUCCUGAUCUUGGGAACCCCUCUCGCCAGGAACAGAGAGACUCAGCUGCUGAUGCUUGGCCACGAGAUGGUCCCCAGCAGCAGCACAGGACUGAGCUUGUACAGUUUUUUAGUUUAUUAUUCAUGGUUUUAUUCUUUUUGGUUCUGAUUGAUAUUUGUACAUAAUGUAAUGUUUGUAAAUGAUUCAUUCCAAAACUGUUGCCAUGAGGGGGCCAAGAGAUGAUCGUGGUGAGAUCAGAAGUCUUUAAUCCAGGUAAUGUAAUGUACCCUUGCAGACUGCUACCCUGGGAGGGAAGCAUGCCAACAGGGCUGGCAAAUAUGCAGCAAACACACACACACACUCCCGCAUACACAUAUAUUGCACACAGACAUCACUACACACAUACAUAUACUACACACAUUAACUUGUGUACACACACGCUCCCCCCACACACACACACACACACAUACACUACCCACAUAUACAGCAACUUGCACAUGCACACAUAUGCGCACUCGCACAUUUUCAUAUCCCAAUCUCUCUCAAACUCAUUUGCACAUACUCAAGGACACAUACCUGCACACUUACUUGAUAAGCUUGCACCCAGGGACUUGCACACUCAGUCACACACACACACUUAUAUAUUCACUGAGUGGCCCACACUCACUGACACAAACACUCUCCCUGCACACAAUCAUUCAUUCACACCCACUGGCACUUGCUCACUUGCACACACUCUCAACGCACCAAUUUGCUCGCCCUGUUGCUGUCUGUCAUGUUCCAGGUCCAGGAUGCUGGCUAAUGGCUCUGAGGAAGUGUGGUUACAGACAUGGCACUUUCAACACACAGCCCUCCACGUUCAUCCUCGGGAUCUGGUGUAAAUUGUAGUAUCAAAUCUCACAAACGUUUGAAAAGGUAUUAAAAAUCACUUGAAAUUACUGAUUGUAAUCUUUGUACAUUUGUAAUGCUCAUGUGUAAACUGUUUCUAAACUCAUGCCCAGAUUCACAUUCUAGCCACGCCGCACUGUCUGUUGUAUCAGACAGUGACUCUGGUCCUUCUCUCUGUUUGUCGAUCAGUCCAUCAGUGUACAAUGUGUUCACCACCUUACCAUCACUAUAUGGGACUUACCAUCACUAUACGGGACUUAAAUAUGACAAACAUCAAAAAUCAAUAAACAAAUAAAAAGCACGGAUAAGA